AAAAUGGCUCUCCCGCCUUCCCUUUCCUGCCGCCGCUCAGCGAACAUCACUUCCUGAGUGAGGCGAGGGGUGGACCGCGAAUGGGAGAAGCUGGGAAUGGCGACGGUAAACUGCCGAACUCUGGAAUGGCUCUACUCGCUGAUUCUUCUUGCUACUGUAUUGCUUUCAUGGGGCUAUGUCAUUUACGCAACCCGAAUAGCAGCCAAAUGGCACUUAAAGGAGAUGUAUCCCACACAAACAGAGAAUAUUUAAGACACCUCCAGAGUGGAAUACCACAGAAAUAUAAGCACAUUCUAUAACACCAUAAAUAAUAAUCUGCAAAAACUUGCAUUCCAAACUAGAGUGGCUAAGCUGCAGCAAUAUUGGAGCUUCAGAAAUACAGAUUUACUGUGAUACUUCACACUAAUAACAUAUAAUUGAGAAAAAUUGGGAAAAUAUCCUUGAAUAUUUUAUUUUUUAAAAAGAGAAAUUUACUGUUCAGGCUGAAGCACAGUAUUACAGGCAGUUUACAAGCCCAGAUUUCAGAAUGCAGCAAUCUUCUGAAUGAAUAAAUUAAUCAAUAUUCCAGAGCUGAUAUGGAAAGUCAGCCUUAUGAAAGAUGUAGAUUAAGAAAAUGAUCCAGAAGCCAGUUUGGCAGCAGAUCAAGAAGUUGAUCUAACAGUAGAUCAGGAAUUUCCAGGUGUCCUAAUAGAGGACAUUCUGCAAUGAUAUAUGGGAAAAGGAAAUAUAAAAUGUAAUUACUAGGAGAGGACCCACAGAAAUAACAAAGAAAUCUCUUCUACAAGAGAAAGCAAUGCUCUAAAGAAAUCCUUACCAAAGCAUUAGGCCAUUUGUGGAAAAGCUGCUAGCAAUGCAGACGGGCAAUCUCCAGUGGAGACUCAAGAAGGAAAAAAGAAAAAAACAAGCCCAAAUAUUGAAAGUAUUUAUGAAGUUUGGAAAGUCACUGAUCCAAGAAGGAAGACAGGCUGGAGGAAAAAGAAGCACCACCACAAGCUACUGGAGAAGAAAUACUAAUCUGUGAGGACUGAGAGACUCCGGGACCUAGAGACUAAAAACUUGUUUCCUAUAUAAAUGAACGUAUAAUUCAGCACAGUGGCUUGCAUUGGAGGUUAGCAAGCCUUCAUUUGAGACCCGAGUGCUGCUGUGGGAUGGGGUGAACUUCCAUCCUUCACUCCAGCUUCUGCUGGGGACAUGAAAGGAACCCUCAACUAGGCGUCCCCAGGUCAACGGUAAAGUCAGUAGCUAUCUUUUCAAUUCAGAAGUGCCUUCAACAACUGGGAUGGGAUUCAAAAUGGACAAUAAGAGACUUAAUGAUUUUGGGCUAAUGUGGGGUUAUCGGGAAGGCAUUGCUAGCUGGGAUGGUCUCUAAUGCAGUCACUAAUCAUGUAUAGAUACUGAAUCCAACAACAAAGUACUUUAUUUUGGUUAUUGAUAGGUCUUAGAAAACAUACAACUUAGAAACAUUAAAAGAGAAAACAAAAUGGAAUGCAUAGUCAAAGAAGUUAAAGUUUCUUCAUUUAGGUAAACCACUUUGAAUCCUGAGGCUACUCACACUAAAGCUUCAGUGAGGAGACCAUCAUAAAUAUAUCCAGAACUAUGAAUGAAUUAUGUCUGUAUUAUUUUUCUUUCUUUUUUUGUUUGUUUUAAAAUAAAAAAUGAUUUGGGGAAAAAAAAAUAUCCAGAACUAUGAGGCUGAUUUUAACUUUGUUAUUGUAAUAUAGGUACUGAUGAGUCAAUACGAAAUGCUUGCAUCUACUUGUGUUUGUCUUUUGGCUGUAUUGUUUAAAUUAUUAAAAGGGACUAAUUGUUUUUAAAUAUCCAGAACUAAUAAAUAGGAUUAAUGGUUACUGUUAUUACUAAGCUUGGAGAAAAAUUAAUUUAAUUCUAAUUUAAUUAAGUCUAGUAAGGUUGUCCGGUUGACUCUUGAUGGCUGUUAAGCAAAAUUUGAUGACACUGAAAGAGUGCAUCAACUAAAAUAUUGGAUUAAAAAGCCAUUUUAAUCUGAGUAUUAUACCAGAGAGGUAGCAAAGAAACUUAGUCUACAAGAGAAAGCCUAAAGCUUCUGAAGAAAUCUUUACCAAAGCCCCAGGCCAUCUGUGGAAAGGUAGCUAACAUUGCAGACAGAAGCUGAGACUCAAGAAGAAAAAAUGGUCAAGAAGCCCAAGCGUUGAAAUUGUUUAUGAAGGAACGAUCCCUAAUACAAGGUGUGAUAAAAAGAAACACAUCUGAAUCACAGCUCUGCAUCACCAUCCUCUGUUGGACCUAUAGAUGGAAGUGCCAGUAGUGGGGGGGUUAUAGAGAUGUCAUUUUCUUUAGGAAUCCAGCCUGCCUUCAGAGGCUGCUUCCAUGGUUUAAAAGCAAACUUACAGUCCCGUUGGAUAUUCAUGGCUCUCCCAUUAAUGUAUAACGUAUAAUAAUGCAUAAUUUAAUCAAGUUUGAUCUAGAUUCUAGAAAGCAAGGCAUGUGCUAAUCAAUUACAACUUUUCUUAUUCCAAAGUAAGGAUGAGUUUAUCAACUUUGCUGUUAUGUCCUUUUACUAUAGAUGCAUAUGAUGAGCAUGCAAAUUACAAUUGUCCAGCUCCAGCAGGUAAAGAAGGAAGCAACUGAGUCUUCUAUUGUUACCGUAUCUCCUGAUGAAACUGAAACCCAAGUACCUGAACGUAAUGCUUUCAGAAGUGACACAGGCCAGGCACCCUGGGAUGAUGAAACACCAGGCCCAUUUUAUGCCAAUUUAGAGCAAAUGCAUGCUUCUCCAUCAACUGAGACACCUCUGGAAGCGCUGAUGAAGAGCCUUCUGCAAACAUAACUGGGUUGCAGAUGUCACAACCAGCAAAUGUAGAAGUGAAUGGUGACAGCUGUGAUUCUUUUGACAAUUGUGUUGUUGAGUAUGUCAAACCUUUACGAGGUAAAGACUCAUUGACGAGGACAGCCAUGCAUCUGGAUCCUGAUGGCUGGCAACUCUGUGGUAGGUCCAAGAAAAGGGGGUGAAUCGCAUCAAAAAGGAUAGGAGAUACAUGGGUGUUGCCCCUGAAGAUGCACUGGAUCGAGCCAAAUGGAGAAGACCCUGCCAUAACUCGGGAAUAGCACUAGAAGAAAGAGCAGCCUAUCCAACUGUGCAGCUUUAGUGCCACGGAUGCUAGUAGAUCUGCAUCACCAUCUUCUGCAGGUUCCAGAGAUGGUGCUGCUAACCAUAAGAAUAAUAAAUGUCUCUCCUUAGUGGGAAAAGAAGAUCCAAGAAGAGUGGAAAAGAAGAGACUAAAUUAAGAGGACCGCCUUAAAUUACUAUAUAUUCUUUGUUAAAUAUUCUUAGAAACCUUAUUUUUCCUCUUUGUUACAAGUUUUUGCUUUGUAGUUUAAUCAAUAUUUAGAUGUCAUUAUACAUCUUUUUUACAUUAUAUAGCUUUAUAUGAAAAGACCUUGAUUUUUAAUUUUUAAUUAAAAAUGCAAUGAGAAAACCAAAAACAAGAACCAGAACUUUGUAUCUCUCGACUCCUGAAGCGGUAAAAGAGGAAGUUAGGAAGAAUGUUUUUAUAAUAAUUACUUGUUUACUAUUGUUUUGAUCUUUGUUAUAAUGCAUAAAGAAUAACUUGUUUUAUGAAAUAAAUUUUAAUAAAUUAAAUUAAAAUGUUGUAAAAUUGAGUCUGAUUCAUUUUACGACAUUUUUGACUUACGACCCUAAUGGACAGGUUCCAAUAGGGUCAUACCUCAAGGACUGAAGUUAAGUAUUACUAAAGUCUUUAUUUUUCCUCUUAGUUAAAAUUUUUUGCUUUGUACGUUAACCAAUAUUUAGGUAUCUUUGUGCUAUUGUUUACGUUAUAUAGCUGGAUGAAAAGGGCCUUAGUUUUUAUAGUUUUUAAUGUUUUAAUAGUUAUUGUUUACUAUUGUUUCUAACUUUGUUGUAAGGCAUAAGGAAUAACUCAUUAAAUGAAAUAAAUUAAUUAAAAUGUGA